AUGUCAACACCAAACUCACCAUCACAACAACAAGAACCAAAAUCACCAUCAACAAUGAAAAAGUCACAAAAGGAUGUCUUUUCAGCUCAGAUCUUGUUGGGUAUGAAGAACCUUUCGUCGCCACCACAAUCAUUGUCAGCUCCAUCGUCACCAUUGCCCAUCCAAGCUCCACUUUCGCCAUCCAUGUCGAUGAUGGGUGAUGCAGGUUCUGCUAGUAGUCCAGCAGCAUCGGCCGACAUUUUGUUGUCCAAGACAUCACCAGUCAGCCCACGUUCAUCUGGUGAUCGUCUCCCAGUCGGCACUACAGCCAAUGGAAACGACCAACUUGCUCCACAUCAAACCGUCUGUACCUUUAAAGAAUGUUUGUUGUGCAAGAGAGGCAGUCCAUUUGUCAACAACCAGUCUCCCACUUGGGCAUGCAUCAUGCGUAUCGUAUUCUAUUGUCUGCAAAUCGAAAUGCCACAAAAGCCAUUCCUCAACUUAAAGACUGAUGUCUAUGGGUUCAUGACUGCACAUUGGCAUUUAUUAUGUCUUGAUAAAAAGAGAUCCGAUAACUGGCAUAAACAAAUCCAGGAUAUGUUGUCCCACUCUAAGAAUUUGUUUGAGAGUGGUAUGGACACUUAUAAACAAAAUGGGUAUUGGAGAAUGAAACAAAUAUCCGAUCCAUGGGAUGAAAUCAAGUCCAAAAAGGUGCUCACCAAGAGAAAGAGAAGCUAUAGCGAGGCCGACAAGGACCACUCUAUGAAAAAUACAAAUAAUAGUACAUCUACCACUGCUACCACUGCUACUGCUACUGCCGCUGCCACAGCUACCCCAAUUGCUACUACUACUACUCUUACAGUUCCAUCACCAUCUAAUUUCAUUCCAUCACUUGCCAGUCCGUCCACCACUACUACUAGUGCCUCGUCAAGUUCAUUUGACAAGAGAAUACACGAACAAAUCUCGAGUCAUAUUAAAUCCAUGUCGUCUCAAUCGUUGACAUCACCAGUGCCAUCGCCACGCGGAAACUCACCAACUCAACGUCUAAAAAAGAGAUCGCGUGGUGAUAGCAUGCUCGGAGGUUCCAAGACCACUUUGCCAGUUACCACAUCGUCACCACCAUCAUCUGUUCCAGUUGCACCCAUCCCAACCAUUCCCAUGAUCUCCAUGUUGAUGAGCAACGAUUACUCGUCAUCGUCAUCAUCAUCGUGCAGUGAAGACGAGAGUUCACUCUCGAUUGACGAGCGCGAAGAUGUCAACAUUGAAGAGAUUGAAGAGAUCAAGUCCUAUGAAGACGACACUCCCAUGGGCUUGUUGAUGCUAUCCUCAUCAUCAUCACCACUCCAUUACACCUCAUCGGCAUCAUCCGCCGCCGUUGCCACUACUACCGCCACAACCGCCAACAAUAAUAAUAAGAAGAAGGGAUUCCACUUACCUUUGUCGUCACACCAAUCAGAAGGUAAGGGGGAAUCAUCUCAUGGCAGCGGCGUCGCCUACUUGCCCUCAUCCGCUCUCUUGCCCAAUCCUAUCACCGUCACCACCACCAACACCGCCGCCAAAGAAGAGGACCCGACACUUGAGGAAGUCCAACGUCUGCGUACCCAGUUGCGUCAGAUUUACGACAACUUAAGCUCGAUGGUUUCCUCGCACGACCAUUCCUCCAUCAAGCCAAUGCUCGAAAAAGAAAUCAAUAGAAUCAAUAUUUUGAACCAUUUCCAACCAACCGAAUCGUCUCCCUUGUCCUCUUUGAUAUUAUCCCAAAAAAUUGCUGCCAAAUCCGCCACUACCGAAUCAAACACAUCAACUACAAACAACGUGGUUGCCACUUCUCCAUCCUCUACCGCCGUUACUCAUUCCACAAUAGAGGAUAAUUCUUGUGUCCCAUCUUUUCAAGGUCUAUCCGCUUUAUCCAUGGCAGCUACCAAUAUUUAA